CGAGCACGGGGACCUGCUGCUGCCACCGGGGGACCCAGCAGAGCUCAGGAACCUGCCGCUGGGACCUCAGGAGGGCGUGGGGACCUGUGUCCGGACCCCAGCAGAGUGGGGACCCUGCCGCCCCGAGCCCAGCGUGCGUCCCCCGGGACCUGCUCCCGGCCCUCCCCAGCUGUGGCCGGCGGCGAGUCUGCACGCGAGGCAAACAGGUUCUCUGAGUUUUUCUGGUUUGCUCUCAGCUCUCCGCUGGACGAUCUAUUUCUGUCUUUCCUUCGGGAAAAAUGUGCUUUGCCAAUGACUAAUCACGGCCCGUGCGGAGAUGUUAUCAGCUGUCACCUGCACAGCAGGACCCAAGCCCAUGCGGAAAUGAGGAUAUAGACGGGUAGGUGGUGGCUGCAGCCCCACCUGCCAGCACCACCUGCCUCUCCAGCACAGCUGCUAGAACACGGCUGCUGCCAGGGCCACCUCUGUCCCCGCCACAGGUCCUGGGCAUGUGGCCAUCGCAGUGACCGCCGGGGCCCCCUGAAAGGGCUGACCCAGGUGUGUGAGGAGCAGCUGCCUCCCCUCGGGCCAAGUGCGAGCCCUGGAUGGAGCUUGGGACCUUGACCCCUCAUGUCGGUCCUGCUGACGCUGUGUGUCGUGCUCCUGCCCCUGGCGACCCCAGGCCGAGGCGCCCGGCGAUGGGAGCCCUGCACAGACCUGCGCCCCCUGGACAUCCUAGCAGAGGCAGUCCCUCCAGAUGGCGCUGCGAGCGGAAUAAGCGUGACACGGGUUCAAGGUGCACUGGGACUCCAGCUUUCGGCCGCUGCCCCCCACGCCAUGAGCUUCCCUGCAUCGAAGAUUUUCGUCAGAUGCGACCUGUUCCCUGAAGAAUUUUCCAUCGUUGUAACCUUGAAACCUCCCAGUCUUCCCCCUAAGAAGAAUGAGUACCUGUUCUCGGUGGUGGCGGAGGGGCCGGACGCGCUGCUGCUGGGCCUGCGCUACUCGCCCACCCGCGUGCACUUCCUGUUCCUCCGCGAGGACGCGGCGGGCGCCUGGCAGACCCGCGUGACCUUCCGCAGCCCGGCCCUGACGGACAGCCAGUGGCACACGCUGGUCUUGGCCGUGACCGAGGACUCUUUCUCCCUCACCAUGGACUGCGGCGUCCCCGUGGACAUCACUGCUGACGUGCGCUUCCCGGCCACCCUAUCCAUGCAAGGAGCCCGGUUCUUCAUCGGCAGCCGCAGGAGGACCAAAGGCCUGUUCACGGGCCUGGUGAGGCAGCUGGUCCUGCUGCCCGGCUCGGAUGCCACUGCCCAGCUGUGCCCCUGCAGGAAUGCCGACAUCAUACUGUCCAUUCCCCCUGUCCUGCAGGGUCUCACAGGGAGGCCGGAAGACAAUGAGGUGCUGAAAUACCCCUACGAAACCAAUGUGAAGAUGACGCUGGGACCCCGGCCUCCGUGCACCAAAGUGGAGGAUGCCCAGUUCUGGUUUGACGCCAGCCGGAAGGGGCUGUACCUGUGUGUGGGCAGCGAGUGGGUCUCCGUGUUGGCAGCCAAAGAGAAACUGGACUACGUGGAAGAGUACCAGAGCCUGCACACCAACUCGGAGACGCUGGGCCUCGAGGUCUUUGUCAUCCCCGAGGCUGGGCUCUUCGUGGCAACGGCCAAUCGGAAAGCCACGUCCGCCAUCUACAAGUGGAUGGAUGGGAAGUUCGCCUCAUACCAAAACAUUCCUACGCAGCAGGCGCAGUCCUGGAGACACUUCACCAUUGGGAGAAAGGUGUUCCUGGCUGUGGCGAACUUUGACCCAAAUGAAAAGGGCCAGGAGUUCUCUGUCAUUUACAAAUGGAGCCAACGAAAGCUGCGGUUCACGCCCUACCAGAGGGUCCCCACCCACAGCGCCAGAGACUGGGAGGCCUUCGAGAUGGCCGGCGAACACUUCCUAGCGGUGGCCAACCACCGAGAAGGUGACAACCACAACAUCAACAGCGUCAUCUACAAGUGGAACCCGAGGACACGGCUGUUCGAGCCCAACCAGACGAUUGCCACGUGCGGCGCCUACGACUGGGAGUUCUUCACCGUGGGGCCUUACUCGUUCCUGGUGGUGGCCAAUGCCUUCAACGGCACGUCCACGAAGGUUCAGUCCCACCUGUACGUCUGGCUGCUCGGCUCCUUCCAGCUCUUCCAGUCCUUCCUGACGUUCGGUGCCGCGGACUGGGAAGUUUUCCGCAUCGGAGACAGGAUUUUCCUCGCGGUCGCCAACAGUCACAGCUACGAUGUGGAGAUGCAAGUACAAAACGACUCCUAUGUCAUUAACUCAGUUAUCUAUGAGCUGAAUGUCACCGCACAGACGUUCGUCAAGUUCCAGGAGAUCACCACCUGCAGCGCUCUGGACUGGGAGUUUUUCUCAGUGGGAGAAGAUUACUUCCUGGUGGUGGCCAACUCCUUCGAUGGAAAUACCUUUUUGGUAAACAGUAUUAUUUACAGGUGGCAGGGGUACGAAGGCUUCGUGGCUGUGCACAGCCUACCAACCUUUGGCUGCAGGGACUGGGAGGCCUUCCGCACCACGGCCGGCUCCUACCUCGUCUACUCCAGCGCCAAGGAGCCCCUCUCCCGGGUGCUGAGGCUCAGGACGGGGUGACGGGCCCUGGGUUCCCGGGGACACGACCUGCCUGGCUGUACCCAGAAUGCCGUCCGAGAAGCCCUGGAACUCCUGGAGGGAUGAGCCGGGGCAGCACGGCGUCCAGAGCCAUCCUUGGCCCUUGUCCAGAAGGAGACGUCGCCUCUCUGCCCCGGUGGCCAUCGUGGCCGGACUCUGGUGGCUUGUGGGCAUUGGGCAGAGUCCAGAGCUGUCCCGUAAGGACUUUGCUUUAAAGGAAAACGUCACACAAUUGUUUACCUCAAAGGCGGCGGGAUGUGGUCACCCUCCCCGUGGCAUCGCCCGAGGCCUGGCUAGUCCCCCCAGUCGCGAGCCCCGACGGAGAACAGGCCCGAUGCAGUUCAGCAUAUCUCAUUCCAGCUAUUUAUUGUGCUCUGUCUGUACUGAAAUAUAUUUAUGACGCUCUUUACAAAGAGCGCUGCGUCUGCGUGUUUCUGGCGGGGCGCAACUGCUGGACAGUGCGUCACAAGGCCUUAGGGACGUGCCCUUGGGUCCCUAAUCACCUGUGCAGAGGGACAGAGGACACCUCUCCUCUGCAGGGAUGUCGUCUUGUGGCCUCAGUUUACCCAUGGAUGCGGAACAGGUCGGGUUAGGUCAGGAACCUCAGGCAGUGCUGGCACGUGUCCCAUCUCCUCCACGGGAGGCCCCGUGUUCAGUGGGGCCCUCAUGCCUCUGCGGCCCGGUGGCCUCCCUGGCACUGCAGCUGGUGAGGGUACAGGAUGCGUCCUUCGGACCUGCGCCCUCUCAGCGCCUCCCUCCCUGCCCAGUGCCCCCUGACCGUACACCGGGUGGACACCUCCUGUCUCCCUGGGAAGGCU